AUGAAUACGGAAUGGGAAGAGGAGGAAGACGACCCAACUUACAAGGGGGAAUCCACAGUGUUUAGCAGACUUCCUCCGGAACACGAAGCAUACAAACCAACCAAGCGCGCGGGGUACAACCCCAAAGCAGAGCAUGAUUACACCUUGAGCUAUCGUCCUGAGGACAUGGCUGAAAAUUCAAAAUUCAUUCGAGAAAUCGCGUGCGCGGCCAUCGACAAAACGAAAUUACCACACAACGUGGGUAAAUACAACGGGUUGACGGACCCAGACGAUCACCUCCAGGUGUUUAAAGGUGCAGGAGCAACAAGCGGAUGGAACUUACCAACAUGGUGCCACCUGUUUGCUCAGACAUUCGUUGGCGCGGCGCGCAUUUGGUUCGAUAACUUACUGGCUGGAAAAAUCAAAUCAUGGGUCGAUUUCCGAGAGAAGUUCCUAGCACACUUCUCUCAGCAGCGAAGACAAGCCAGAGAUCCGGGUGAUUGUCUGAACAUAUGGAGAAAAGACUAUGAAAGCGUAGAAGAUUUCAUUACAAGGUACAACAAAGAAUGUCUAGAGAUCGGAGACAUACCAGAGAAAAUGAUGCGCGCACACUUCAUGCGAGCGGUCAAGUGCGACGAUCUGGUUAAAAGAAUCAAAGGGCGAGAUGGAGGACCCAAAGACUGGGAAACCUUCAUUGAAGCGGCCAAGACUAUUGCGCAGACAGACAGGCAACUGACCGGUGACGAUCACCAUACGGGCCACUUGACCGAUGAUUGCUUUAGCCUAAAGCAAGAAAUCGAAAGAGCUCUAAGAGACGGAAAGCUCAGUCACUUAGUCAAGGGAGGAAAGCGUGAUUACCGCCAGAUACAACGAAGAGAUGAAGGUCCAGACAACAAGAAGCUCAGAAAGCUAGAAACUCAUAUGGUGCAAGGAGGUCCACGGCGACCAAGAAAAAACUACAACAAGCGCGCGCAGGAUGAUUCAUGGCGCGAGAAGCAAGUGGUUUUCCCAGUUGUCAGGGGAGGCCCGAGAGAAAAGCGGCUAAUAGUCAUCCCAGGGGUGAUCGGCCACUACCAAACAGAUUACAUCUUUAUUGAUCCCGGGAGCACCGCGAACAUCAUAUAUGAACAGUGCUUCAAUCAAUUUGACCAAGAGGAUAAGGCGCGCCUAGAACCAGUCGAUUACCCACUAACUGGUUUCUGCAACGAGGCCGUCUUUCCCCUAGGACAAAUAUCAUUCCCAGUAUUGCUUUCUGAUGGGAGAAAUUCAAGAACCGAAGAAGUCACAUUCAUGGUACUACUGGCACAUUCAAGACAUGACAUCCUCCUAGGAAGAGAAUCCCAAGGAGAUUUCAGCAUGAUCUGUUCCGCACCACAUUCUGCCAUAGGUUUUCCAACCGAAACAGGCAUCGCGUUGAUAUACGCAAGCAAAGAAGUGCUAGCAACAGAUGAAAUCAGACCGGAAAAAGCAAGCAAACAGGCACCGCGCAUAGAAGCAGAGAAAUGGGUAUUGAACAACGCAUACCCAGAACAAACAGUCACCCUGGGCCCAGCCAUGUCUGAUCUAACCCGCGCGGCGCUGAAAAAAUUACUACACGAAAACAUGGACGUGUUCGCCUGGACUCCGGCCGAUAUGGUUGGCGUCCCACGGCACAUCGCAGAACACCGGCUAAACGUCUCAGAAGAUGCAAAGCCAGUAGUGCAUGCUAAACGACACCUGGGGGACAUCAAACAUGAUGCAAUGAAGGAACAAGUGUUGGAACUGCUAAACGCAGGUAUCAUCAGGGAAGUCCGAUACCAAACAUGGGUAGCAAGCCCAGUAAUGGUAAAGAAACCGAAUGGCAGUUGGCGAAUGUGUGUCGAUUAUAAGGAUCUGAACAAGGCAUGUCCACGUGACUGCUACGCUUUACCAGAUAUAGAUGAGAAAAUCGAUUCUUUGGCAACAUUCCGGUGGAAAUGUUUCUUGGACUGCUACAAAGGGUAUCACCAGGUCCAAAUGGCCAUUCAAGAUGAAGAUAAAACCGCAUUCUGCACGCCAACGGGGCUGUAUUGUUAUACCAAAAUGCCGUUCGGCUUAAAAAAUGCAGGUGCAACGUACCAAAGGUUGAUGAACGAAACAUUCAGUGACGCCAUCGGUAAGUACAUCGAAGUGUACAUGGAUGAUCUGGUAAUCAUGAGCAAGGAGGAGAGCGCGAUGCUGGCAAAUAUCCAGAAGACCUUCAACACACUGCGAAGCGUAAGCAUCAAACUGAAUCCAGCAAAGUGCUCAUUCGGAAUGGAAGAGGGAAAGUUUCUGGGCUUCAUAGUCACUAAAGAUGGUUUUAAGGUGAAUCCGGAGAAGGUCCAAGCCAUAGACAGGAUGCCUUCACCAGCAAACGUCAAAGACAUGCAAAAGCUUGCAGGACGACUGGCAGCACUCAAUCGUUUCCUCGCCAACCACGCGGCAAAAUCCUUCCCAUUCAUCAAGACCUUGCGCAACUGCAUGAAGAAAAACCAGUUCCAAUGGACUCCGGAAGCAGAAAAUGCGUUCCGCGAGAUGAAAGACUGUCUCAUCAAGUUACCAACUUUAACGGCACCAAACAAAGGAGAACCUUUGGUCCUGUACCUCUCAGCUUCCGACAAGGCAAUCGGAGCCGUACUGCUUGUUGAUCGCCAAGGUGUCCAGACACCUGUGUAUUAUGUGUCUCGAACCCUGACUGACCCAGAAACCAGAUACGCAAUCAUGGAAAAGCUUGUCCUCGCACUGAUUCACGCCUCAAGAAGGCUACGCAGAUAUUUCGCCAACCACGUCAUUCACGUGCUAACAAACUACAAUAUUGGAAAUAUCCUAGCAAGGCCAGAAGUGUCAGGAAGGUUGGCCAAAUGGGCAAUAGAGCUGGGGGGACAUAACGUAGUUUUCAGACCACGACCAUCAAUCAAAGGCCAAGUUUUGGCAGACUUCAUGACGGAGGUCCCGGAUGACAAAGACAGAGAGUGUAAAGCGAUGGAGAAAGCCGAGAAAAAACAAACCGAAGAACCAUGGCGACUGUACACAGAUGGUGCAUCCAACGAAGACGGGGCAGGCGCAGGGCUAAGGCUAGUAAGCCCCGACAAACAUGAGUUCACAUACGCCAUACGCCUAGACUUCAAGAGCACAAACAAUGAAGCAGAGUACGAAGCCUUUCUGGCCGGCUUGCGUUUGGCAAUCAAAAUGGGGGUCCGACACAUCGAAGCACAUGUGGACUCCAUGUUAGUAGCAGGCCAAAUCAACGGCCAGUACGAAGCCAAGGGCGACAUAAUGGCACUCUAUCUCAACCAAGCAAAAACGUUGUUACAAACUUUCUAUUCCUACAAGGUGCAUCACAUAAACCGCAGCGAAAACAAGCCGGCAGAUGCUUUAAGCAAGCUUGCGUCGACAAGUUUCCAGCACUUAGCAAAGGAUGUGCGCAUAGAAGUUUUGAGCAACCCAUCUGUUCCACUCAGAGAAGUCAGCGUCAUCCAAACAGGAACCACGUCCUGGAUGACACCCAUAAUCAUGUACUUACAGUCCGGGAUACUUCCAGAAAAUAAAGCUGAGGCGCGGAAAGUCCAAUACAAAUCAGAACAUUAUCAGAUGGCAGACGGGAUACUGUAUCGAAAGUCAUAUCUCGGCCCACUGCUAAGAUGUGUUGAUGCCGACGACGCAAAUUAUCUGAUCCGGGAAGUACAUGAAGGCAUUUGUGGUAUCCAUGUCGGGCCGCGAAUGGUAGUGGCAAAAGUAAUGAAUGCCGGAUACUACUGGCCCGGGAUGCACCUCGACGCCGUGAAAGAAUUGAGAAAAUGCAGUGGCUGCCAAAGGCACGCACCAAAAACCAUGCGGCCCAAAAACGAGCUGGUACCAGUAACAACCGCAUGGCCUUUUCAGCAAUGGGGCAUAGACAUGGUGGGCCCCUUUCCAGAGGCUCCGGGGGCAGUUAAGUUCAUCAUAGUCGCGGUCGAUUACUUCACCAAGUGGGUAGAAGCAAAGGCACUCGCAUCAACCACGUCGGCAGUCGUUAAACGCUUCAUAUGGGAACAAAUCAUAUGCCGGUUCGGCCUACCACUCAGAAUCAUCACCGACAAUGGAACAAACUUUGCAGCAGAUGAUCUCGAACGAUGGUUCAAGGAACUAAACAUUGAACAUACCUUCUCGUCGGUUGCACAUCCGCAAGGGAAUGGUCAAGUUGAAGCGGUCAACAAGAGCAUCGUCGAUGGCAUCAAAGCAAGGCUCGGUGAAAAAAGGCGUGGGUGGGUCGAUGAACUACCCAGCAUAUUGUGGGCCCAUAGAACAAUGCCAAAAAAAAAAAAAGAAAGGAGGAUCGACCUGGAUCUCCUAGAAGAACGGAGGGAGAUGGCAGCAAUCAAUGAAGCCAUAUACAAAUCAAAGCUUGAAAAGUAUUACAACUCCCGAGUCCGGAUCUGCACCUUCAACCCAGGGGACUACGUCUUAAGAGACAACGAAGCGUCCAACGCAGAAAAACCGGGGAAACUGGCCCCUAAGUGGGAAGGCCCAUACAUCAUUGAUGAGGUACUCAGCAAAGGAGCAUACAAGUUACGCACCAUGACCAACAAAGAGGUUCCACGAACCUGGAAUGCCCAACAGUUACGAAAAUGCUACAUAUAA